AUGGAGCUCAGUCUACUUCCUCUAAUGCUCUUGCUGAUUUUAAACAUUCACCCUGUACACUCUCAAGGCAAGCCCAAAUUAACUGUAAAGCCCCAGAGUUCAGUGUUCACUGGAGACACAGUUACUCUUUUCUGUGAUGUGGGAUGGUCAACUGGACGGACAAUUUACUGGCUCAAAAACUUUAAGAGAAUAAAAGCUGGUUCUGCAACAGAAACACUGAGAAAAGUGAGAGUCUCUGAUGGAGGAAGAUAUGCGUGUACUGUAGAUAGAAAGACCACACAAAGCCAAGGAGUCAUGCUAACAGUAAGAGAGAGACCCAAGCCUGUAGUGCGUGUCCAGCCGGAUGGACGUGUGUCCAGAGGACAGACAGUCACUCUCUCGUGUGACAUACAGCAGACAGACGUCAUCAGCUGGAGCUACAGCUGGAAUAAAGAUGAUUCAGAGAUUCAUGUCAGUCAGUCUCAGGAAUACCGAAUCAGUUCUGUUGAUGAAUCUCACACAGGUAAUUACAGCUGCACUGGAAGAGAAACAGGAGGAUCACGAUACUCACACACCAGUGAUAAAGUUACACUCACCGUAUCAGGAUCUUCAGGACUAGUGUUUUCAGAAGCUCAUGUUCUGAUAAUUGGAGUGAUUGCAGGACUGAAUGUCACAUUGCUCAUUUUCUUUCUGGUUUUGCUGUGUUGCUGCAAACACAACAAAGACACUAUAUGGACCUUCUGAUGUAAGGAUUGACCUGAAGACAAUGAUUGAAAUUAGAAGAAAAAGAGAGAAAACAGAAAACAUGACACCAAACCUGCUGAGAGGUCUUUUACAGUUGUUUGUUGUAUCAUAGUACAGUAAAAUAAAUGAAUGUAUAAUAAGAUAAUUGUGAAAUAAAUGUAUGAGCCACUCUUGUCUUCUGUUAGGAAAGGAGAGUUAUGACACGGUUUACUCCAAACUGAAGAUUUAAGGUGAAGUAAACUAAAAACAGUGUAAAAUAUCAUAAACUAAGCCAUGUUACUUGUGAAUUAAUUU